UCCUCUAUCCGCCCAUACCCAUUUUAUCCCCGAGAGCCUGGGACGUUAUACUAAAGUUUUCCCUUUGUAGGUGCUGAGUUGUACAAAAGAUUGAGUUGAAUUGAAAAAUAAUAAUCCUAUCCCCUUAGACACACCCUGUUUUGAAAAAUAAUAAUCCUAUCCCUUUAGACACACCCUGUUUUGCAAAAAUUUUGUUUCGUUUCGUUACGUUCCUCGAAUGUGGUUAGUCAAAAAGACCGCGUCCUCACUAAAUUGGAUGAAAUUUGCAAUCGUUUAACAAAAAACUUUGUGUGGGAGAACUUUUUGUAACUUUUUUACAAUCUUUUAAAAAAUGGCUCUUGUAAAACCAAAAUCUGAACUGACACCUGAGGAACUUGCACGCCAAGAGGAAGAAGAAUUCAACACUGGCCCCCUUUCCGUUCUAACUCAAUCCGUGAAAAACAAUACACAAGUUUUAAUUAACUGUCGCAAUAACAAGAAGCUUCUUGGUCGUGUAAAGGCUUUCGAUCGCCACUGUAAUAUGGUUCUGGAAAGUGUUAAGGAAAUGUGGACUGAAUUGCCUCGUACUGGAAAAGGCAAGAAGAAAGUUAAACCAGUUAACAAAGAUCGCUUUAUAUCGAAAAUGUUUUUACGCGGCGAUUCAGUGAUUUUGGUAUUGAGAAAUCCUUUGGCGACAGCAGCAGGGAAAUGAGAUAUUUUCUGCGUUCACAUUAGUUUAUACAAUAUAUAUGUAGGCAUUAUGGUAAUCAAGACAGAAUAAUACAAUAUUUUUGAAAGAA